UGUGUGUGUGUGUGUGUGUGUGUAGGUGUUAGCCUUCUUAUGUCAGAGAGAACAGGCGCUAACAUGUGGAAGUUGGUCAGGCGGGAUGAAUGGCGCUUCAUCAAACCUUGUUGAGCUACAUGUAACUCUAUAUUUUAUGAAUGUAAUUAUGUCUGUGUAAUUAUCUUAAUUAUGUCUGUGUAAUUAUCUUAAUUAUGUCUGUGUAAUUAUCUUAUGGAGAGACAGUGAGACACCUACUUUAGUCCUUCGUGAGUUGAUGUGAAUUAGCGCUACUAGCUACAUUGCAAAUGAAAUAAAUGUUCUUGCACUGUUUUCUGCUCCCCAGUGUGAUAUGAUAUUUGUUCUGACUUUAUUUCAUUACAUUUUUUAUACAGCUCCUGUGCUUCAUUUGGAGGAACAUCUCUUGAAGAUGUUUAAUUGUUCUGCUGACUACCCUGUCUGUCUUUUAAGUGUUUCUUGGGCUGAAGAUUGAGACAUAGGAAACCUUGGGCUUGAGGUCCAUCCUUAUAGGCAUAUGUCUUUACCUCUCGGCUCUGUCUUGCCCUGACCUCCCAGCCUGACCUCCACCUAUCCGAAUCAUGAUUGAGAUGUUGUAUCGGCGUGUCAAUGUCACAUCCACCUCAGGUCGCCUCCCGGACACCAUGGCGGGUCCUCCUGGGGUUUGUUAGAGACCGGAAACAGGCUCUUCCGCCCCGUAAACACGGAGCUGAGCUCGGGACAGCGGCAGGGCUGAGGUAGCACGCAAGGAGCACUGAUAACGUUAAUUAACAGCUAUUCCCUUCUCUCUGGGAAAGCUACGUUCCUAGCGGGGGCGGUGGCCCCUAUGUGACCAGUGUGUAAAUGUCUUAGUUUAUAGUUUAUUAAUGCCUUAGUCUGUUUUCUUUGACAGAUUUAUGUCUAAAUCAUGACCCAUUGGCGCUGCCAGGACGCACGUGAUGAAUCGAGCUUUGCGUAUCUGUUGAAGUUUAAUUUCGAUUUAUAGGUCUAUUAUUGCAGUCAUUACAAUGAUAUCUGUAAAUACAAUUCACGUUGAAGUUUAAUGUCGUUUAAGUUUUAUUUCGAUGUAUAUUAUGGAGUCAUUUUGCCAAUGAUACUCUAUCUUUAUAUAUAUAUAUAUAUAAAUAGAGAGAGAGAGAGAGAGAGAUGUUUAUUAAGAAUAGUACUAGGCUAAAUGUUGUAAGGACGAAAUGAAUUGGCCUCUUCAGAACACUUUCAAUUAUCUCAUUAUUAUAACCCCAUUCAUCCCCGUGUUUGUUUUUACAAAGCUGAAAAGUGGAUAAUUACAAUGGAAGGACGUGCGUAUUGGAUGAAAUAUAAAUCAAACUGUUAGCUAUUUGCACGUAUGACUGUAAUAGGCUUUUGGAUAAAAGCGUCUGCUAAAUGCCAUUCUUUCUUCAGUCUUUCUAAACGUUACAUUAGCUGUGGUGUUUUCUGUAGGCUAAUGCUUUAGGCCUAAUGUUGCUCGAUUGUCGCUAAAUGCCAUUCUUUCUUCAGUCUUUCUAAACGUUACAUUAGCUGUGGUGUUUUCUGUAGGCUAAUGCUUUAGGCCUAAUGUUGCUCGAUUGUUUGUUUUUAACUUAAUUAUGCCGUAUCUCGACCUGCGUUGUGUGUGUGUGUGUAUGUUGUGUGUGUGUGUGUGUGUGUGUGUGUGUGUGUAUGUGUACGUGUGUGUGCGCGCGCGCGUGCGUCGGUGCUAAUAACACCAUUAGCAAGGUGCAUUAGUGAUCCCUGACGCUUAGUUGACCAGGGAGGGCAGAGGCCGCGAGGUUUCUCUGAUUGACACGAUAAUAGCUGUUAAACACAAACUUAAACAACAUUAACUCGACAAAACGCGAUAGAAGGACAUCAAAACUAGUAUAAUUAACCUAAAAAUCGCACAUUAUAGAAAUGGGACUCGUUUUUGCCCUAUAGGUCAAUGCAAAUUAAUAUUUGUGUAACUCUUAUGCUAUUCUAUUAGGCUAUUUAAAUAACAUUAUUGCUUGGUGGUAUGAUGAGGUAUAGAGAUAUAAACCUAAAAUAAGUAACCGACUUUACAGUCAAACCAUACCGCCUAGGAUCCUGAUGUCAGCAGUGGUGAGAUAGGCCUAUCUCAUGAUGAAGUAGAAAUAUCUCUAGCAACCAUGUCUGCCUGCCUCGCACUAUUGAACACACGUCGUCAGAGCGUAUUUAGGCCCGGAGAAAGGAAAAUACUCGACAUUAUCUCUCCCAUAACAGUUCACACAUAUUAUCACAAACGUUAUUUUGCCAUGGCUUGUAAAAGUGAAGUAUUACAAUUGUAAAUAAACAGACGGGUGUAAACCUUUGGCUCACCCGGUCGUGUUUUGGGAGUCAAUAAAUCCACCUAAAUGCAUGUGUAGGCUACAUUUAUGCGUCCCUAAAGUAGGCUAGGUUAAAAUACCAUAAACAACCUCUGUUUCAGUCAGAUUGCUCCACAUUAUCCUUGCGGCGUAACCACAUUGCAGUUAGCCAAUAUAGGCUAAUACAAGCAACUAAAACCGUAAAGGAGGACUUUGUUUUGGGAAAUACAAGUGCACGGAUGGUGUUUAUUGCCUUCCCCUUCCCCUCCCCCUCUCUCCCCUUGUACUCUCUUCCCGUCUUUCCCGUCUCCAUCUCUCAAAUGGGCAGUUUUAAAGACAUACAUCUUGAGUGGCUGGGGGAGACGCUCCUCUAAUCUAAACAGCACUCUGCUGAUGGCGAGCGGAUGGGAUUAUUAUUGUCUUUCUCUCCCCCUUUCUCCGCAUGGUUUAGGCGCUACCGGGGCUUUUGUCCCUGGCGCCUGUCCUGGCCACUGUAGACAGGCGACGAGAGGAGAGGAGAGGUGUAGCAUUACAACUAAUACAACAUCUCUGAUUUGCUCUCUGGAACUACGAUGACGUUUGCUCGCAGACAGUGGGACAGAUAUUACUGAGAAGACAUAUAAUACACCAAUACAGUGUGUGUAUGUGUGUGUGUGUGUGUGUUCCACUGUAUUGUAUCAUCGUCCAUGUAUGGGUCUAAUUGUUUAUGUUGUCCAGUCUAGGCCCCUCUCCUGCAUCUGUCUUGAGACUAAGACGUAUAUGGUCCAAAUGAGAGGACCAAGGCAUUCAGAAAAGUUAAUAAUAUUGCAAAGUUAUAAAACAUCUCAACACAAAUAGUCUCAGUGUGCUCUGUUUCCUGUCUGUCCUCGGCGAGAGGCGAGUGGACUCAGCAGACCCAGUGGAUAAUAUAGGGUGACAAACUGUCAGGUCUGGAUCCUGUCCACAUACACAUGCAGCCAAAAUCUACAUAAUAAACUGCGUGUUUUACUUUCAGUCGUGAACCAAUCAACUAGGCCAAAAACAUAUAGUCAAAACAUUAUUAAAAACAAAUAUUAAAGCCUUUAAUAUAGCCUUCAAUAUAGCCUUUAAAAUAGCCUUUAAUAUAGUCUUUAAUAUAGCCUUUAAUAUAGUCUUUAACAGAGUCUUUAAUAUAGUCUUUAAUAUAGUCUUUAAUAUAGUCUUUAAUAUAGUCUUUAAUAUAGUCUUUAAUAUAGUCUUUAAUAUAGCCUUUAAUAUAGCCUUUAAUAUAGCCUUCAAUAUAGCCUUCAAUAUAGCCUUCAAUAUAGCCUUUAAUAUAGUCUUUAAUAUAGUCUUUAAAAUAGUCAAAUCUGACUAUUUAGAGUUGUUGGUUGACUGCAGACAUCUUGGACUUGGUCACAUAAUUGUAUAGGCUAGCUAUAUCCACAUUGGUAAGUGAAAUUGUUCCAAUUUAGAUUAGCCAAUAUGUAAAAAAAAAACUUCAGAGCUAUAUGUUUGACUUCAUCAAUUCAAACGAGAAAUGAAUUACUCACACAAGCAUGCAAAAUGACAGACUGCGAAAUAACAGCGUAAAUGCCUUUAGGCCUAAUUGUAGUCCUAAUAUUAUUAUUCAUAAGUAUGCCUAUUAUUAUAAUUUGGAUCAAUUUAAUAUACAUAGAAUCUAUAGGCUACGUUUGAUUAUCAUAUUUUCAACACAAUUCUAUGAAAUAAAAUAUGGAAAUGUUUCUUCCAACUCUAAGCGCCGAUAUGAUGCAAACUAAAAUGUGUUUGAGUUAAUGCGGCGCUUUACAGUUUGCCAGGAUUCCCUUGUAAGUCUUUAUUUAUUUGUUGUCUUAAAGUAUGGAGAAAAUAUCAGUAUUUUGUUUUUCAAAAAUACGAGGUGCCCACCCCCCCAACCCCCCCAUUGGAUUAUUAUCCAAUCCGCGGUGUGUGGAAAGAGGAAAAUGAGAUUUGUAUUAUCUAAGAGUUUGUGAUGAUGGGAAGAGUAGCCUUGAGAGAGAUAAAGAGUGCGCUUAAAUCGGAAACAAGACUGAUAGCAACAGAUAAUGAAUGUGUCGUUAAUAAGCUGUCGUUAAUAACCUAUCCGUAUUCCUCUAUCCGUAUUCCUCUUAUCAGCAGAUACGUUUUAUUAGCCUAUUAAAACAGUCAAAAAGAAACACUCAACCGUGCAGGCCUGCACACACACUGACUCAACUUUCUCUCUCAAGACACACAUUCUUCUUCCAUUUGUAUAAUGAGGACGGCUACAACUAUGUUGAGUUCAUUAUAGUUUCAGACGGUUACUAUUCCAUUUUUACAUAAUUCAAUGUGGACUAUAUGUAAACCAUGAUAAAAACAGGUUUCCUACCUGUCCAGAUACUGCAUGGAGCGUUUCUGAGGGCUGAUACCAGAUUCACAUUAUUCUUGCCUAGAUCCUACUUAUUUUAAAUGUCCAAUUAAAAUAACGCGAUGUGUUUAUUUCGGCGUAGGAAUCCUGUAACAUAAUAAAAAAUUUCAAUAGUUGCUACUUGAUAAUCUUCUCUAAACGCUAAAUACAGAGAAUAGCUUGCGCCCUCGCGCCAUGCAGUCACCCAUCCCAUUUUCUCGUGACGUAACGGAGAAAGGAGCGUCUGUCUUGGGUCCGCCAACAAAACAGAAACUGGGUUUAACCAAAUCCCUCAGCUAGCUAAACACACACAGCAGCCGAGGCAGAGAGCACAGAGUAGAGAGAUGAGAGCUGUCACUUCACGAAACAAGCCAGUCCUCCUUCGCAUAACUCCACGAAUAAAAAGCAAGGCGCAGCAAUCCUUAAGGCAACUGUAGGUUUUUUUCUCAGAGACGAAUAGACCCCCUUUUGGAUCCGUUUACCUUCAAUACCGUCUAUCCAAACAAACACCUGCUUGAGGAGUUCUUUAUGCUCGGAUGAGCCACUUCACCAAGGGACUAUAAUUCCUACUUCAUGUGGACGAAUCGGAGCCUAUGAUAAUAAUGCUUCCUAGCCCUGUUAUUUCUGCUUCCACCACGCCGUUCUCAGUCAAGGACAUACUGAAGUUGGAGCUUCAGCAGCAUGCUCAACAACAGCGGCUUGCCUCACACCUUGGGCCGCCCCAUGAGCGCUCUCACCCGGGUCCACAGCGGCACCAAUACAACCUCCAGUCGCCCCCGUCUUGUAUGCUGGCCGGCAGGGACAGCCCCAGCCCCGGGCUCUCGGAAGAAGAGGAGAGGAUGGCCUACCUGAGUAGUCUGACGGUUCAGGAGCGGCUAAUGGAGACGGGUCUAGCAGGGGAGAUAUUCAUUUCCCCGGGGCUGCAGGGACAUUCAGCCGACACCAGCCUGGAGGUUGAGCAAGAGGACAUAGACGCCAAAGCUUGUGGCGCAAUGGGGGUGAGGGCCUGUGAGGAGUCCCCGCAGGCGCACUCGGACUUGGAGAGACUCCCAAAACAGCAGAGGACCCGGCGGAAACCGCGCGUGCUCUUCUCUCAGGCGCAGGUGUUCGAGCUUGAGCGGCGCUUUAAGCAGCAGCGUUACCUAUCCGCCCCCGAGAGGGAACACCUGGCGAACACUUUGAAACUGACCUCCACACAGGUCAAAAUCUGGUUCCAGAACAGGAGGUAUAAGUGUAAACGGCAGCGGCAGGAAAAUACCCUAGAAAUGGCCGGACACCCUCACCAUCUUCCCCCACCUAGGAGAGUGGCAGUCCCGGUGCUGGUGCGGGAUGGGAAGCCCUGCCUGGCUGGAUCUCAGAACUAUAAUACAUCCUACAGUGUUGGAGCGUGCAGCCCCUAUAGUUAUAACGGCUAUCCGGCUUAUUCUUACAAUAAUCCAGUGUAUACUAACACAUACUCAUGCACGUACUCUAGCCUGCCUGCUCUAGCACCCAACUCUACUGCUAACGCUUUUAUGAAUAUGGGUCUGGCGAACCUGGGUGCGUCGCAAUCUCAGGCCCAAACACCACAGGGAACAGGCUGCCAAGGAACUCUGCAGGGCAUUCGGGCCUGGUAGCUGAAUAUGAUGAUCUGCUUGUUGAUUAACAGUUGAUGACGUCGAUCACUAGCCUACAGUAUUUUUGGGAUAAGGGAAACCUGUCUGUGUCCCAUGCAGCGAAAUAGAAGGAUUUCUCAUUGAAAGCUGUCAUAUUGAGACUCGAUCAUCUUGUACGAAUAUAUUAGUUGUUUUCUCAUCAACGCGGCAAAAACAUGUUUUUAAAAGUUGUUGGAUUAUUCCAGAGUCACUGUUGGAUAUAGAUAUAUACUAUGGCAACAUUGCAGACGGAAUAAAACGCGUGCGCAACCGUGCGUAAUAUGGCCUAAAAGCUGUUGGGUGCUUGUGAACCAAGGAUGUGAAUGGCAAACAUUGGCAAUGAUUAUAUCUGAGCUCUUUACAUCAGAAAUAUGACUUUACCAGUAGCCUACUUGGUCUUUACCAGUGAAAACAUUAUUCUUCAACAACAUAAUAGAAACUCCUUAAAUAAAAGAUCGAACAUG